UGUGUCUUCCUGCUCUCAGCUGCAUCUCUCUCAUCCAAUCUUGGUGAAGAGUCUUGGCUAAGAGAUAAGGAAUGGGAAGGUAGUCCCAAGAAAGUUCCAUGACAUUCUCAGAAGUCACCGCCUGAAUAUCAAACCUGAAUAACCAGGAGAGAUGUAACCUUGGCAUACUUUCAGCUGUUUUCUUCCUGCCCACGCUCCAGGCUGUUCAGGUCCUUGCUUGAGCGUGAACUCACGGGCGUAAAUAACGCGUUGUCAACAGCCUGUGUCAGGCAGCCCGGCUAUUUAAGCAGGCUGGCAUCAGAGACCGCAGCUUCCAAAUCCAGACUUGGCCUCUUCCACCCACUCGGUAUCAUGUCGGCGAAGACCGCGAGCAGCCCCACGCAGGACCAGGUGGAGAUCCUGGAGUACAACUUCAACAAGGUCAACAAGCACCCGGACCCCACCACGCUGUCCCUCGUCGCGGCCGAGGCCGGCCUCUCCGAGGAGGAGACUCAAAAAUGGUUUAAGCAGCGCCUGGCCCAGUGGCGGCAGGCGGAAGGCCUACCCUCAGAAUGCAGAUCCGUUACGGACUAAGGAGAUGGUGGCAGCUUCCCUCCGUGAAGACCAUCUGCGGUUUCUCGCCUCAGCUUAACCAGGCUAUUUUGGUUUUUCAGUGUAGUGUUGUAUGUUCCUCUGUUAGCUGUCCUGCUAUUUAACACAAUGUUGUAUUUUUUAAUGUAUAUAACUAAAAAAGAAAAUAACAAUAAGAAGCUAUGUGCAGCUUCUGUGUAUAGCAGUGGCUUGGCUAGGAAAGUGGUGUGGCUUGCAUUUCCCUCGGGGUCAUGAUGACAGAUGGUGUGAAAACUAUCUAGGUUUGCUUCUGAUCAUCACCUCCCAAUCAUAACAAUUUACUUUCAACAUCCAAUUCAGAACAGGCAAGGCCUCUGUUGAAAAGAUAAUGUGACCAAGAGGGAGAAACAUUUUCUUCUGAAUCUACUUCCCCAAGUUGUUUUCCUUAUGUUUCAUUUAAUACAUUGAGGUGGAAUGAGAAUACAGAGGAAUAUUUGAGUCACUCAGAUUUCAUAAAGUAGUUCCUUGGAUUAAAGCUACAUUAACUUAGAAAGAACCCAGUUAGAUUAAAAGACAGAAACUCCACAAGUAAUAUGACAGAAGAGCAAGUAACUAAGAAAAAAAAUCCCUAAAGUCUUUAAUUUACUUUAUUUAA